AUGAUAGGCAUGAAGAAUAAGCAAUUUUGGAAAGCAACAGGUGUUAGAGCAUUGAGAACAGCUUGUCAAGUUGCUAUUGGUGCUAUUGGUUCUGCUACAUUGUUAGAUGAAGUGAAUUGGAUGGUUGUACUAAGUACAGUUGCAUUAUCUACCAUUCUUUCGGUUUUAAAUUCUAUAGCAACAGGAUUGCCAGAGAGAAUAGGUUGGCAAGAUGUUUAUGAGAAAGAUGAGUAUGGAAAUAUAAAAUACACAGAAAUCAAGGAAGAUGGAAGUGUUAUUCAAAUUCCUAUUCCAACAGGAGAAAAAGAGUUAAUCUAUGGUGAUGCAAUUCCAUUUAAAACAAAUAUCAAUGGUAAAUUGAAUGAUGCAAUAGUGAGAGCAUUCGGUGUAGAUAAUUCAGAUAAUCAUGCACAAAUUACAGCAAAGGUUUUAUAUAAGGAUGAGAGUAAAACUAUUAUAGACCAAGAUUCAGCCGAUUAUGAAGUGCGUGGAGUGCUUAGAGAAGAUGUUGGAAUUUCUGUAUGUGAACAAAAUGCAGUAGAUGUAAAUGGUGCUUAUGGUACUCAUCAAAUGGGUUCAUUAGUUACAUUUAAGAAAGAAAUACAGAAUGAAGAUGGUAGUGUUCACUCACUUAUCAUUGGAACUGGACAAUCUUUUGAAGCAUUUUGGUAUACAUAUGGUGGUGUUCAAGUUUCAAGAACUGUAAACCCAUUACUUAUGAUUGAAUUUGGUACUGCUGCAAAAGCUGUAGGUGGAAGUGAAGCCUUUAAUGAGGAAAAUCAUAAAGGAGAAUUGUCUACUGGUGGCCAUAAUAACGAUACAGAUUGGUGGAUAGCAGAAGAAGUAGAUGAAAAUGGAAAUGUUACAAAAUGGAAAAGAGAUAAUGUUGACUUCUCAGGUUCCUACAAGUUACUUGUUAAGUCAAAAUCUAUGCCAGCACCUGUUAGCGCACCUAAUACAGUUGAGAGUACAACUUAUGAGGAUGAUUCGCAGACAUUUGAAAUGGGUAUUAAGCAGAGUUCAUCUAAGGAGAUCACAGGUAACUUAGAGAAAGAGUAUCUUGACGCUAUUGAAAGUCUUGAUAAGUCAAAGAAGUACAAGGUUAUGCAGUUAUAUGGUACAGAUGGUGUAGGUGGCGUUGCUAAGUACGCAUAUGUAGGACAGUUUUCUGCUACACCUACUGAUAACUCUGGUGCUGAUGGUAUUUUGGAAAUGGCUGUAACAGUUAUUCCAAACACUGCUGCUGCAAAGGUGACUGAUGAUUACACAGUUACAGAUAAUGGUGAUGGAACAUUUACUGUAGCAAAAAAAUAG